AUGUCGGUGGUCUCUUUGUUGGGCGUCAAGGUCCUGAACAACCCCGCGCCAUUCACAGCGCCCUAUGAGUUUGAAAUCACGUUUGAAUGCCUUGAGCAACUGCGCGAAGAUCUAGAAUGGAAACUUACCUACGUGGGCUCCGCAACGUCUGCGGAGCACGAUCAAGAGCUCGACUCUCUUCUCGUGGGCCCCAUUCCAAUUGGUGUCAACAAAUUCAUCUUCGAAGCCGAUCCUCCCAACCUAUCUCGGUUGCCGCCCUCCGAAAUUCUCGGUGUGACGGUGAUCCUCCUCACCUGCUCCUAUGAUGGACGAGAGUUCGUGCGCGUUGGUUACUAUGUGUAUAACGAGUACGAUGACGAGAUAUUGAGUGCCGAUCCGCCUGCCAAGCCGGUCAUUGAAAAGAUUCGCCGCAACGUGCUCGCUGAGAAACCUAGAGUGACCAGGUUUGCCAUCAAGUGGGAUUCCGAAGAAUCGGCCCCAGCCGAAUAUCCACCUGACCAACCUGAAGCCGACACGCUCGAUGAUGAUGGAACAGCGUAUGGCGCAGAAGAAGCGGAGAUGCAGGCAGCUCUAGAGAAAGAAUUGGAAGAGACCGAAGCCAAGAUGGCGCGAGAAGACUCGACAAAUGGAGAUCAGGAAAUGACAGACACCGCUAAAGUCAAAGACGAGGAUGAGGAGGCCAGCGAUGCUGAAAGUGAGGAUCUUGAGGAGGAGAGCAGUGAGAGUGAAGACGAGGAAGACGAUGAGGAGGGCGCAGAAGGCGAGGAUACAGAGAUGGCAGAGGGCGAUGAGAAGCCCACUGCUGCUCCAAACACCGCUCCCGCACAGUUGAACGGCGAGAAGAAAGGAACAGAGACCAAGCCAGAAGUCAUGGUUCAUUAG